CCAAGUGCCAAGCCUACAGAAGUGAACAACACUCGUAAUCCAGAGACCAAUCUGAGAAGCCAGCAAGAUGAACAAAAUCCUGCUACUGAUGGCCUGUGCGGUCACUCUGGUCGCCGCUGGACGUAUUGCUGUGAAUCCAGGCACGGCUCAGGGUAUAGGACGCAUGUCUCUUGGGGAUGUGCAACGUCAAAGGUUUAUCCUGGAUAUUGUGCAGAACAUCCAUGAGCCACUGCAGAAUGAUGAACUCAUCCGACUGGAUCAGGGUUUGAUUGUGGAACCUCAGCGUUACCGCGGCGGUAUUGAUGGAGAGAUGCAGCACGUUAUUGACUUGGAUCGCCAGCGGCGUCUCCUGGACGAGCAUCAGAUCUGCUCGGUUGUCCGCGUGGAGGACGUGCAGCAGCUUCGUGGCAUUUAUCGCCUGCUGGUCAGGGCCGUGGACUUCGAGACUCUGCAGCGCAAUGUCGUCUACCUACGGAGGAACAUCAAUCCCGUCCUGCUGAUUAAUGCCUUGGUUCGAGCCAUACGCGAUCGCGAGGACACCCAGUCCCUGAUCGUGCCCGCUGUCCAAGAGCUGCUGCCCGAACUGUACCUGGAUCCCCAGGUUAUUGAGCGUGUUCAGCGCAUUCAACUGGAGCAGACCCAGCGCCCCACACUCAUCGAUGUCGUCGGCUUGGGUCAGCAUCCCAUGAAUCCCAUGAUGAACAUUUUCAAUCCAUUGCGGCAAAUGCGUAUGCAGAUGGCGUUGGCUAGGCAGCAAGCACAAAAGUCGCGUCUGUCCUUGCUUGGAAAGAACCGUGUGGUGAUCCCCAUUGAGGGACAGGAGCAGGGCCAAGGCAUUUCCCUCCUGACCGACGAUAUCGGCCUGCGCAACUUUGUCCAGAACCUGAUUCAGGAAUUGGCCCUUGUAGAGGGUGAGUCGCAAGAGGUUCCGCAGCAACGCAUUCCCCAAGAGUUGGAACAGGAUCAAGAUAUGGAUAUCAAUACUGGACGAUUGCUCUAUGUGAACCGUCGUCGCCUCCAGCAACAGCAGCAGGAAGAGGAUCAGGAUCAGCAGGAGAACAUCUAUGGCAGCGAGAGGGCGCGCUUUAUGCGUGUUCUGCGUCGUGACAACAACGAUGAUGAUGAUGAGGACGAUGAUGAAGACGUGAUUAAGAUGGGUCGUGUGCCUCUGCACCGUGUAAUCGGGCAGCGAAACAUUAACUUGGGUGGCCGCAACGAUUUGCCCACUGUGAAUGCUAACAGCGAUCGCCUCUUGCACGUCAACCGCCGCCGAAUGAACAGCAUCCAGCAGGAACAAGUGCAGCAGUCAGGAGGUCAGCGUUUGCCAGGAUUGAUGCGCGGUAGCCGGUACAGCGAAGGACGUCGAGUAGUUGAAGAGCAGGAUCAGGAUCAGGAUCAGAUCCAACAUCGGUAUGGAAAUCAGGUGGAAAGCUAUGCAGAUCAACUGGAGAGCGUCAGCCGCGACGAUGAGCGUCUGGUGCACAUCAAUCGUCGUCGCCUCAACCAUGCCGGCGUCAGCCAGCAGCAGAAAAUGGUCCCCCGUCGUGUGGCCUCCAUCGGUGAGGUACGUCAAGUGCUCGAUCGGCCCAUCCAAGAUGAGGACAUCCUGAAGCUGAUACGCAGCGAUCAUCGUCUGUCCAUCAUGAGUGACGACGAGAUCUUGGCCAUGCUGCAGCGAAACCGUGAGAAGCGUCUACAUAAUUUGACGGACAACGACGUCGAUGACGAGCAGUUGCAAGGUUUGAAUGAAGAGGAGAAGCUGGAGCAGCGCGUCAGACAGGGCGAACGCUUCCGCCGAAGCCUCACCAGCCAUCGCCAGGAGCAGCAGGGUCAGGACUCCCGUCGGAGCGAGAUUCUUCUGCACAAUCUGCGCCAGUUGGUGGCUCGCCUGAACCAGGAGAGCAUUGGGCAGGGGCAGACCAUUGAUAAAAUGAAUGUGUGGCUCAACAAUCCACACCAGACCACAUCCGACCGGUAUGCCCUUCGCUUGAACCAGAUCCGCAUCGAUUCCCUGCGCAAUCGUCAGCUUUUGGAGCAGAUCAACCAAAUCAAACAGCACAUGCAGCAGGCCAUUGACCAGCUCAACAUUCACUCGAUCCGCGGUCAGUUCCAGGAGCAGCGCCAAGUGGAAGCUCUCAUUGCUGAUGUCCUGUUGGGCCACCUCGGCCAAGUCGGCAUCCUGCGAAUUGUGCGUGAGUUGAUCCAGGAAAACAGCCAGCAAAUCGAUCGCUCUGGCCUGGGUAUUCGCCUCAGCGAUCCUCUGAUCCGGUACACACUGCGCCGGAUUGUCAACAUCGUGGAUGAUCUGCGCGAGCAGCUCUUGGAUGGGUACAGGAGGGACCAGCUGGGCAUGCACGGUGUGUCCAUCAAUGAUGUGCGCGUUGACAAGCUGCGCACCCGCAUCGAGGAAGUCGACAUGGACCUGACGAACCUGAUUGGACAGCAGCAGCAGCAGCAAGGUCGACAAAUACAGCAGCAGCAGAUUAUCGUGGGCCGACAGCGCCGCCUGAACAACAAGCCCUUCCUCAUCGACAUGGACAUCAGCUCGGAGCGAGCCCAGGAUGUCAUCAUUCGUGUGUUCUUGGGUCCCAGCCUAGACUCCCAGGGUCGUGAGGCAACCUUGGACGAGCGCCGACGUGAUUUCCUCCUGCUGGACGUCAUCAACGUGGAGCUGCAGUCGGGCACCAAUCGCAUACAGCAUCGUUCUAUCGACAUUCCGUGGACCAGCCGAGAUGUCACGCCCCUCAGUGAGAUCUAUCGCCGUGUGAUGAUGCACCUGCGUGGUCAGCAGGAGUUGGAUAUCCAGGAGUUGGUCGGCGAGAAUGGUCGUUUCCCACAGCGUCUUCUCCUGCCCCGUGGCCGCCCUGAGGGCCUGCCCAUGCAGCUCCUUAUGAUUGUCUCCCCAGUUCUGGAACAGCAGGAAAGGAGGAUCAUUCCCAGCAUCAGCUUGGGCAUUGGCUCUGCCUCGCUGCAGGACGUCCGUCCCCUCGGCUACCCCCUGGAUCGUCCCAUCACUAACGAGCAGGAGCUGCUCCAGCUGCCGAAUGUCCACCUGCAGGAUGUGGUUAUUGUCCAGGAGAACUAAGCUUGAACGGAUUACCAACCGACCGACCGACCACCCGCUCUGUACCCCACUUGGAAGCCCACGAAACGAACCUUAGCUUUUAGUUAAACGAACCUAAAUCAAUUUACUGUAGCAACAAUUUUUUUUUUGUAUAAUCUUGUAAUCGUUGUACAUUUAUAACUAUAUUAACUCUGAGUAAAAUCUUUGCAAUCGAUGCAAAAAAGCAUUAAAA